CAAAAUACCAGAACAAAUAAAAAAGAUGGAUCAUGAGUCGAUUGCCAUUUAUCUGAACGCCCUUGAAUCGGGUUCAGAAAGAAGACGGGAUAUAAAUUUAAUAAUUGUUGGAAAAAAAUCUGUUGGAAAGACUUCCUUAGUACGAAGAUUGUUCGGGGAGGAGUUACAAAGCGUUAAAAGCACAAAUGGUAUAGAAAUUCAUCGGCGGAGAUGUCGAAUAAAUCUAAGUAACUGGGAAUGGAAUAAAGUGUUAGAUACAGGAUUAGUGAAAAAAACAAGUAUCAACAAUAGAAUAUUGCAGUCAAUUGUCAAAGAGUUGCAUCAAGAUAAAGAAAAACCAAAGCAUGACAUAUUGGAGAUAUCUUCAUCAGAUCAGAUAUCAACAGAUGAUAAUAAGGGCACAAUCACCAAAAAUAUUGAACAUGACGAUGAACCUCAACCCAAACGUGCCAAAAUGAAUUAUCAGUUUGCUUAUCCGGAGAUUACAGAAUCGCCGUUGUCUAAACUGGCAAAGGAUGAGCUGUUAAGCAUAAUCGGAUCUGCUGUAGACUUACAAGACGAAGACGGCUUUGCAAAUUUAACAGUGUGGGAUUUCGCUGGUGACAUUGAGUAUUACAACACACAUCAAACGUUUUUGAAUUCAGAAGCAAUUUUUCUUGUGGUAGCAAAUUUACAUGACAUAGAUGACAAAGUAGCUUACGGCACAUUCAAUUUCUGGAUGGAUACAAUACAUUGUUAUGGAAGCAUAAACGAUAAAACUGAAGCUGUAUUGCUCGAAGGAGUUCAAAACCUUCUAGAUCCACCAGUUAUUGCAAUUGGUACACACAAGGACAAAUUUCAGGACGAAGAACAAUGCAGAAAACGUCUCGAAUCCUACACUGAUAAAAUAUUUAAAGAUUCCAAGCUUCACCUGAGAUCAAUUCACCUGAUCUCCAACACAGAGGAUGUAGAAGAUGCUUUUGAAAAAUUGAGGAAUGAUAUAUUUGCCACAGCAAAGAGUACUGCAAAUUGGAAUCGAGAAUAUCCUGUUAAAUUUAUUCAGAUGGAAAAAGCCAUCAACUCUGAACUUACGAUCGGAAAACAAAUAAUUUCUUUUGAAAGAUUAAAAGAACUAGGUGAGAAAAUACCACUUCCGAUAACUGAUAACAUGGAGCUUCAUCUCUUUCUCAGGUAUCAACAUGAAAUUGGUAACGUGAUAUUUUUUGAAGACAUUCCGUCAUACAUCAUACUUGAUCCCCAAUGGUUAGCAAAUGCCUUUAAAUGCAUUGUUACAGCCCAGCAGUUUCAAUUUAAAUUACCACACUUACAAUGGGACAACUUCAAGAAAACAGGAAAGAUGGAUCCUAAGCUAUUGGAAGAAAUAUUCAAGAAACAAUCAGCAGACAUGAGAAUUCAUAAAGAGCAUAUACUGGAAGUAAUUGAAAAGUUUGACAUUAUCAUCUAUCCAUUGCUACUGACGGAAAGUGGAAAUGUACAAAGGGAGCAUAGUUUUUUUUAUGUUCCAUGCAUGCUUCAAACAUUAAAAAUUAAUGAUAUUGAUGUAUUGUUUAACGUUCCAAAUGCUAGCAAAUCUACAUGUUUGUGUUUUGUCUUUAGUUUUUUACCGCCGUAUCUAAUCAGCAAUCUGAUUGUCUCUUGUCUACGAGAAUAUCCUCUAGCUGUGGUAAAUGGCGAGAUAGGUCUCUUCAAGGAUUGUUGUGUAUUCAAUAUUGACAGAACUGGCUGUGCAAAAUUUGUAUUAGCAAAGAGUAGCCAUAUGAUUCAGCUGCAAGUAUGGCAAUGGAAUGAAGUAGAUACAGAGGUUAACCAAGCUGUUUUAAAAGUUGUGGAAAGAGAAAUCAAUAGAAUUGUCAACACGCGAUACAAGUUGAAAACGGUAUCUUUCAAGAAAAAAUGGAAGUGUGAGACCACCAGUUUCUCCUCUGACACAGGAUUCCUUGAAUUUGAUCAAGUAAAUGAUGGGGAAAAUUAUUAUUGCGAAGAACAUAGGAUUGUUCAUAAAUAUAAAGACUAUUGGUCUGGUGAGAAAUCUAAGGUAAUGUUUCUAUUUGCUUUAGAUUAUUUUCAUUUAGUGGGCAUAUAUUUGUGACAUGAUGAAAUCCAAUUAUUGGUAAUUUGUAU